AACACAGCAGCUCCAGAAAACACGAUGGCGGCUGCUGUGAGAAAAGAAAGAAGGCAAGAGAGAACGAGAGACUCAUAUUUCCUCUAUUUCUCUCAUCCUCUGUAGUAUAGGGAGACUCGGGGAAGAGAGAAAAGCAAACAGAAGAGAGGAUGAGGAAGAGGAAAAGGAAAAGGAAAAGGAAGAUGGAGAAUGAUGGGGAGAGAGCAAGAAGAGAGAGGACAUAAGAGAGUCGUCGUUUGCCACGUGGCGAGGUCUGACUGGUUGAGUGCUUUGGGCUUCAACAACAUACAGCAACAACAACACCAACAUCAACACCAACUCUCUCUCUCUCUCUCUGCUGCCGUGUCAGAGCGUAACCCCGUCCUAUGACCCCGGCGAAUCCGUAUUUGUAUGCUUCUCUUUCUCCAUCUAUUUAUUCGUUUGUCGCCCACUCUCUCUCUCUCUCUCUCUCUCGUAUUCACCAGCAUCUAUCUCCGAGCUUCCAUACCCUAACCUAUUUCUUUAUCGUCCUCGCACUAACUCUGAAUCCAAGACAAUAUUUCUCUAUAUUGUUCUUUGAUCCGUUUAUUUGAUUGAAACAGAACAUCUUUACCUUGCAGCAAAAUCCUGUCCAGAAGCUCUAACUAAUCAAGUAUCAACCUUAUUGUGAAUGCAAAAUUUACUUCUGUAACUUUUAACCACCCAUGUAUGACCCAGGUUGAGAGAUGAAGGAAAACAGUUCAUCAACUAGUAAAAUGAUUAACAGAAACUGGGUCUUGAAGCGCAAACGGAGAAAGCUGCCUUGUGGAACAGUUCUAGCCAACAGUAAAGAAGAUGGUUUGUUGGUAUCAGAAUCCCCAAAGAAUACUUCUUUGGUUAAACGUGAGCUGAAGAGUGAAAUUAAAUCUGAGCGAUAUUCAUCCAAGAAGAAAGGGAAUGAUGGGUAUUACUUUGAAUGCGUUGUCUGCGAUCUUGGCGGCAACUUGUUGUGUUGUGAUAGUUGUCCCCAGACCUAUCAUCUCCAGUGCCUCAAUCCACCUCUCAAGCGCAUACCAAUGGGAAAGUGGCAAUGUCCAAAGUGCUGUCAGAAAAGUGAUCCUUUAAAGCCCAUAAGCCAACCUGAUACCAUUUCAAAACGGGCAAGAACAAAAAUGGUCACUGGAAAAUCAAAAAGUGGAAUGCAAUCAUCUGACAUUAACAAAGUAUCCCGGAUUUUUGGAAGCUCCAUUAUUGCGAAGAAAAGAUCCUCCAGCAAAGGAAAAUCUGUCAGACUCCUUGAACAGAAACCUGUCUCUUCCCGAAUAGAUGUAUCCUAUAGCACCAAGCCAAGUCAUCAAUCCCUUGCUUUGCUAGAUGGUGGUUCAUCAUGUGUGAAUGUUGAUGAUGAGGAUAAAUCUAAUAUAUCUCCUAUGGACUCUCCUGCAGACGGGAAGUCAACCUCUCCUGCUAAGGAAAUUUCAUCUCAUUCUAAAGUUACAAAUCCAGAAACAACUGAUGAAGAUCCUGAGGGGAAGCUUGAUUUGUCUGGUAACAUUAAAUCUCCUGAAAAAACACUUGUUCUUGCAAUAAGUGCUGCUACCAUGGAACAUAGAAAAAGAAAACAGAAAGUCGAUGAUAAUAACAGCCAAAAGAAGCGUAGGACCGAUAAGGGAAAAUUUAAAGUUAGCACAUCUAAGAAACGUGGAUCCAAAGCAAGUAAUGCAAGCCCUGGAACUAGUAAAUCACAUCAGAAGCGCAAGUCUGUUAACGAUGGGGUUUCCACUGCUUUGUCAAAGGAAGGCCUUGGAACAAAGAUCUUAGAUGUGCGGAGGAAAGAUGAGAAACUUCCUCAGGAAGCAACUAAACUGUCUCAUGAAUUAAACAAGGCAGAUAAUGUGAACAGAGCAGUAAUUUCUGGAGAAAGCAUCCUCACUGAACCUUUGCAGGUUGAUCGAGUUCUUGGGUGUCGAGUUCGAGGUGAUUAUAUUGGUUCUUCACAUCACUUAUCUGUGUCUGUUGCUGAUGACCUACAUUCUGAUGUCUUACUAAUUUCAGAAAACCAAAACAGAGUAUCGGAAGAAAAUUCUGUUUGUGAUACUGAUUUAGAUGUAGCAGCUGGGAAAAAUCUUACUGACGGUUGUCAGAAUAUUGUUGUGAGUCUUGAUAAGGAAGGAAGUGUGAAGACUGAAAUGAAAGUGGAUAAAAUGCAUGUAUACAGAAGAUCUGCAACCAGAGAAUGUAAAAAAGGGCAAAACAUGAGAUUUUUACAGGAGGAUGUCAAGGAUUCAGAUUCUAGUGCUGCAGAUAAAGAUCAAGAUGAAGUAAUUACAGAAGAUCUGGAAAAACCAAAUGAAAAGAUGGUUAUAGAGAAGAAUACAUCAGCUAAUUUGAGAGAUCCUGACAAUGAUGAAGUUCCAAAAAUUUGGGAAACACAUGUAUCUAAUGAAACCAAAGAUGAAAAACAAGCUGAUUUAGAGAUGGAAAUAAAAAUUUAUGGAGAGAACAAAAUUCAGGAGGCCACACAGGCUGAAACUGCAUGCGUUGAUCAAGAUACGGUAUUGUAUGAGUUUUUAAUUAAGUGGGUAGGGAAGUCUCAUAUUCACAAUAGUUGGAUUUCUGAAUCUGAGCUCAAAGUUUUGGCAAAGAGAAAAUUAGAAAAUUACAAGGCAAAAUAUGGGAUAGCUGUAAUAAACAUCUGCGAGGAACACUGGAAGCAGCCCCAGCGGGUGAUUGCUCUCCGUAAUUUCAAAGAUGGUAGGCGUGAAGCUUUUGUAAAAUGGACAGGCCUCCCUUAUGACGAAUGCACUUGGGAAACAUUGGAUGAGCCUGCUCUUCAAAAAUGUUUGCACCUGAUUGAUCUGUUUAACCAAUUCGAAUGCCAAACAUUGGAGAAAGAUUCUUCUAAGGAUGCUUCACCGAGAGGAAAGGGUGAUUGUCAACAAAAUGAGAUAGUUACUCUCCCAGAGCAACCUAAGGAACUAAAAGGAGGUUCAUUGUUUCCCCAUCAACUUGAAGCGCUCAAUUGGUUGCGUAAAUGCUGGCAUAAAUCCAAGAAUGUGAUACUUGCUGAUGAAAUGGGGCUUGGAAAAACAGUAUCUGCGGGUGCUUUUAUUUCAUCUCUGUAUUUUGAGUUCAAAGCUACUCUGCCUUGUUUAGUGUUGGUCCCGCUUUCGACAAUGCCUAACUGGCUUGCUGAAUUUUCAUUGUGGGCCCCCAACUUGAAUGUUGUGGAGUAUCAUGGAUGUGCAAAAGCAAGAGCCAUAAUUCGCCAAUAUGAGUGGUAUGCUUGUGAUCCAAGUGACUUGAAUAAGAAAACAGCUGCCUAUAAAUUUAAUGUUCUUUUAACUACAUAUGAGAUGGUUCUUGCUGAUUCCUCUCAUUUGCGUGGAGUUCCUUGGGAAGUUCUUGUGGUUGAUGAAGGCCACCGUCUGAAGAAUUCUGGAAGUAAGCUUUUUAGCAUGCUCAAUACGUUCUCGUUUCAACAUCGUGUACUGUUGACUGGUACACCUCUUCAAAACAAUAUCGGUGAGAUGUAUAACUUGCUUAACUUCUUGCAGCCAGCUUCAUUUCCUUCUCUCUCUUCAUUUGAAGAGAGGUUUAAUGAUCUUACAACUGCGGAAAAAGUGGAAGAAUUGAAGAAACUUGUUGCUCCACAUAUGCUUCGAAGGCUUAAAAAGGAUGCAAUGCAAAAUAUUCCCCCUAAGACUGAACGGAUGGUUCCUGUUGAGUUGUCAUCCAUUCAAGCAGAAUACUAUCGUGCGAUGCUGACAAAGAACUAUCAGAUAUUGCGGAAUGUUGGGAAAGGGGUUCCCCAGCAAUCAAUGCUAAAUAUUGUGAUGCAGUUGAGAAAAGUUUGCAAUCACCCAUAUCUCAUUCCUGGUACUGAACCUGAUUCUGGUUCAGUAGAAUUCCUUCAUGAAAUGCGGAUAAAAGCCUCAGCCAAGUUGACUUUGUUGCAUGCUAUGCUUAAGAUUCUAUACAAGGAAGGACAUCGAGUCCUUAUUUUCUCACAGAUGACCAAACUUCUUGAUAUCCUCGAAGAUUAUCUUACUAUAGAAUUUGGGUCUAAAACAUAUGAGAGAGUGGAUGGCUCUGUCUCAGUGGCUGAUCGUCAAUCAGCAAUUGCACGCUUUAACCAAGAUAAAAGUCGAUUCGUCUUCUUGUUGUCAACACGCUCUUGUGGCCUUGGGAUCAAUUUGGCAACUGCCGACACCGUCAUUAUCUAUGAUUCUGAUUUCAAUCCGCAUGCUGAUAUUCAAGCUAUGAAUCGUGCACAUCGAAUUGGACAGUCAAAGAGACUUUUGGUAUAUCGACUUGUAGUUCGUGCUAGCGUUGAAGAGCGCAUCUUGCAGCUUGCAAAGAAGAAACUGAUGCUUGAUCAGCUUUUUGUGAAUAAGUCUGGAUCACAAAAAGAAGUGGAGGAUAUUUUGAAAUGGGGAACAGAAGAACUUUUUAAUGAUUCUUAUAGUAUGUAUGGGAAAGAUACAGUGGAACUUAAUAAUAACAAAGAUGAGGCAGUAAUAGAUACAGACAAUAAGCACAGGAAGAGAGCUGGUAGUCUAGGGGAUGUGUACCAGGACAAAUGUACAGAAAGCAGUAGCAGGAUCAUGUGGGAUGAAAAUGCUAUUUUGAAAUUGCUUGACCGUUCAAACCUUCAGUCUGGAUCAACUGAUAAUGCGGAAGGGGAUUUGGAAACUGAUAUGCUUGGCUCAGUGAAGGCACUUGAAUGGAAUGAUGAACCAACAGAAGAACAAGGGGGAGCUGAAUCUCCUCCCAUUGUUACUGAUGAAAUCUUUGCACAAAGUUCUGAAAGAAAAGAGGAUAAUGCGGUUGCUGGAAUGGAAGAAAAUGAAUGGGAUAGACUUUUACGAGUGAGAUGGGAAAAGUAUCAAGUGGAGGAGGAAGCAGCUCUUGGUCGAGGGAAGCGUCUGCGAAAAGCUGUUUCUUAUAGGGAAGCAUAUGCUCCACACCCAAGUGAAACAUUGACUGAGAGUUGUGGUGAUGAGGAACGAGAGCUGGAACCAGAGCCAGAGCGGGAAUAUACACCAGCAGGACGUGCACUAAAAUCAAAAUUUGCUAAACUCCGUGCUAGACAAAAGGAACGGCUUGCUCAGAGGAAUGCAGGUUUAGAAUCUUGUCUUGGUGGGGGAAUGCCUGAACCUGAUUCUGUCCCUAACUAUCCUUCCAUAAACUCCAAAGAAGGGGAUGUAACUGAAUUACAUCAAGCUGUCAGUGAGAAGAUUUCAGUAAUUGACUUGGAGGAUGACAAAUUCAUUCAGCCAGUAGAUGGUCCGAAGUGUAAGAAUGACAUCCCUUUAAGGCUGGGCAGAAUGUCAAAGUACACAAUGAGUAGUCAUCUGGAUUUUCCUGUCAAUCCACUUGGUCAUCCAUCUCCUGACAUUUUCCUUCCUAGUCACCAUUUUCAAAGCACGAGCUACACAAACUCAGUGCCCACCAGCAACUUGUUACCAGUUCUGGGACUUUGUGCUCCCAAUGUUAAUCAAGUGGAGCCAUCAUAUCGAAACUUGUUAAGAGCAAAUGGCAGACAAAGUAAGCUGGGACCUGGACCAGAGUUUCCAUUCAGUCUGGCUUCUUGCUUCAGGACUUCAAUUGAGACAGAUGGGAAAAAUCAGGACUCUAGCUUGGACAAAGCAAAGAAACCAGAUGCGACUGCUGAAGUUUUGCAACAGGGUCUUAAGAACAGCAUCCCGGAUAACUGUCCUCCAUAUCUUCCAUGCCCGCCAGCUGUCCAAGGAAAAGCUUCUGAACGUUUAGAAAGUUGUGGUUCUACUUUCUCUGAUUUUCAAGAAAAGAUGGCAUUGCCAAACUUGCCAUUUGAUGAAAAAAUGCUGUCCAGAUUCUCACUUUCAGCAAAGACCGCACCAACUUCACAUCUUGACUACCUACCUAGUUUGUCAUUAGGUAGCAGACCAGAAGCUGUCAAUGGCUUCAUGCAGGAAUUCCCAACAAUACCAUUGCUGCCCAACUUAAAAUUCCCAGCACAAGAUGCAGUGAGAUAUAAUCAGAAGGACAGGGAGAUGCCACCCACAUUGGAUCUUGGACAGAUGCCAGCCACAUUUUCCUCAUUUCCUGAAAAACAUAAGAAGGUGCUUGAAAGCAUAAUGAUGAGGACUGGAUCUGGAUCAAGCAAUAUGUUUAGAAAGAAAUCGAAAAAAGAAAGCUGGUCUGAAGAUGAACUUGAUUUUUUGUGGAUUGGUGUUCGUAGACAUGGUCGGGGAAAUUGGGAGUCCAUGAUUAGAGACCCGAGGUUAAAAUUUUCCAAAUAUAAAACAUCAGAAGAUUUGUCAGCAAGGUGGGAGGAGGAACAACUCAAGCUCUUUGAUGGGUCAGUCUUUCCAGUUCCAAAAUCAACCAAGCCGACAAAGCCUACUAAAUCUUCAUUAUUUCCAGGCAUUUCUGAUGGAAUGAUGGCCCGGGCCUUGCGAGGUAGUAGACUCACCACACCCCCAAAGUUUAAGGCCCACCUGACAGACAUGAAAUUGGGUUUUGGUGAUCUUAUGCCCAGCGUGCCACAUUUUGAAACAUCUGAUAGACUUGGUUUGCAAAAUGACCAGUUUGUAUCUAUGCCAACUUGGAAUCAUGAGAAGUAUUGGGCAAAUCAUCCUGGGGAGGCUUCUGCUGGACCUUGUGAAGGGCCGGGAACUUCUUCAAAUGUACCCAUUGACAAGCCAUUUCUGCUCAAUUCAUAUGGAACCAGUUGCUUAGGUUCUUUAGGUCUGAAUUGCUCGACCAGCUUUGAUGUACAGAUAAAAGAGGAUGAACGGUGUGCUAAUAAGUAUGGGAAGUUUCCCAAUCUCUUGGAUAGAUCGCUAAAUGUUUUGCGUGAUUCCCAUCACGAUUUAGGAGUUGGCGAAUCUGUCAGCUCAGUAUUGCUUCCUGAUUCCAAUAAAAGGCUGAAUCUUUCACACUUAAAGGGUGAAGAAGCAGCUGGAUGUAGUUCUUCAAAGGACAAGCUACCCCAUUGGUUGCGAGAAGCUGUGAGUGCACCCACAAAACCCCCAGAUCCCGACUUGCCACCCACUGUAUCAGCAAUUGCACAUUCAGUUCGAUUGCUAUAUGGAGAAGAUAAGCCAACCAUCCCUCCAUUUGUGAUCCCAGCUCCGCCUCCUUCCAUACCAAAGGAUCCAAGACGGACUCUAAAGAAGAAAAAGAAACGGAGCUCGCAUUUGUCGAGGUGGGUACCGCCAGACAUUGCUGAAAGGAGUCAGGAAUUCCAAAGAAACCUCCAUGGUGAUAAUGCUGGUUCAAGCUCAAUCUCAUUGGCUCCAACAUUUUCACUGCAUCCAGAAUCGACCAUGGGAACAACAGGGCUUCCACAGAUUGAAUCUGACCUGAACUUGCGUCCUCUAAAUUUGAAUAUGAUGAACCCAUCAUCCUCAUUAGCACAUUUACACACGCAGAAGAAAAUCAGCAUGGGAUUGUCCCCCUCUCCCGAAGUGCUUCAGCUGGUAGCAACAUGUGUUGCUCCUGUCCCACAUAUGUCAUCGAUUUCUGGCAUGACGAACUCAAGCUUCAUUGAUAGUAAGCUUGAGGUGUCAAAAUCUGUUGACCUAGUUGGAUUCUCAGACCCGCAAGAUGAAUUUGAAGAAAGGAAAGCUGAGCAGAGCUCACCUUUUAAUGUAUGGAGUUCAAAUCCGGGAAAUCCGGGAGAGAAAUUACAAGACCUUCCUGAAAGUGGAGAUUCUAGCAAAACUCAAUCAGAUCCCCUUCGGACUGAACGGCCUGAUGGUGAGGAUAUAUCAUCUGAGGGCACUGUCUCAGAUCAUCCUGUAAGUGACCAUGAAUCAUAGCCGUAAUAUGAGACCGAAAACUUGAACAUAGCUAUUCUUUCAUGCUACUAAAAGUUUCAGGAUCUUCACCAAUGUGCUCGAAUUUUUGUAGGUAUGAAGUGAGUGAUGAACAGAAAAUAUAGGUUUAUUAGGACAUCUCUUGUAAAGGUUCUGUAGGAGAAAAUGAAAUAUAGUGUUGCUUGCUUGAUAUUUCUUAA